GCGGUACUAACCAAUCAGCGUCCUCCAGGUCUCCGUAGCUGUAGCGGAAACAAACAUGGCGGCCACGCGGAGCGGGAAGAACGGACUGCUGGACAAAUGGCGGAUCGACGAGAAGCCGGUGAAGAUCGAUAAGUGGGACGGAGCGGCGGUGAAGAACGCUCUGGACGACGCCGCCAAGAAGGUUCUGCUGGAGAAGUUCCAGUACGUGGAGAACUUUGGUCUGGUGGACGGGAGACUCGUCAUCUGCACCGUGUCCUGUCUGUUCGCCAUGCUGGCUCUGGUCUGGGACUUCCUGCACCCCUUCCCCGAGUCCAGACCGGUCCUGGCCUGCUGUGUGAUCUCCUACUUCAUCAUGAUGGGGGUCCUGACUCUCUACACGUCGUACCAGGAGAAGAACAUCUUCCUGGUGGCUCUGGACCGGGACCCGGCAGGUCUGGACCCGGACCACGUCUGGAGACUGGCCUCGUCCCUAAAGAGGUUUGACGACCAGUACUCCCUGCGUGUCUCCUUCACCGACGGCCGGACCCGGAGCUGCCGGGAGUCCGAGUUCAGCAGCUCCGUGGCCUCGUUCUUCGACGAGGCCGGGACUCUGGUGAUGGACGCCUUCGAGAAGAGCGUGUCCCGCCUGCACGACUCGCUGGCCGCCGACAAGAAGACCAAGUAGAGGGAGGAGGCGGGGCCUGACCUGGGGGCGGGGCCUAACCUGGGCAACGCCCACGACAGGCGGUUCCCUGGUUUCAGUUUGACCUCCGACAUCAGCAGGAGUUUCUCCACCUCCGUCAGGGGGCGGGGAAACUCCGCCCCCUGACGGAGGCGGAGUUUCCCCGCCCCCUGACGGAGGCGGAGUUUCCCCGCCCCCUAGCGGAGGCGGAGUUUCCCCGCCCCCUAACGGAGGCGGAGUUUCCCCGCCCCCUGACGGAGGCGGAGUUUCCCCGCCCCCUGACGGAGGCGGAGUUUCCCCGCCCCCUGACGGAGGCGGAGUUUCCCCGCCCCCUGACGGAGGCGGAGUUUCCCCGCCCCCUAAAGGGGGCGGAGCCUCUGCUGAUGUAAUGAGACCAACUGAAACCAGUGAACAGGAAUCUGUUCUGAUUUGUUUCCCCUUCAAAGACCGGUAUGAUGUCAUCAGUGGGCGGAGCCUAAUCCAAACUGAAGGGAAAUGUUUUUCUUUUUUUUACUUAUUUUAUCUGUUUUUGUUUCUGGAGUCAGAAGUUUUUCACCUGGAGACGUUUGAUCCGGUUUUGAUUCGCCUGACGCCCCACAGCAAGAAUCUGGACUGAAUAUUGAUCUUUUAUUUUGAAAGUUUUUUUUAUUUCCUGUGUAAGUUCUGUUGGUGGAAACUAUUAAAAACACAAGCUGUUACAAAAA